AUGUCGAAACUCUCUCUACAGAAUGCGAUGUUAUCAUAUGAACAAUUAGCGUUGACACCUUCCAGGAAAGACGCCAUUCCUGAAGAGCUCGAAGACGAAUUGCGUCGAUUAGGGUGCCAUUUCAUUCAGUCUGCCGGUAUUCUGCUUAAACUACCCCAAGUUGCAAUGGCAACAGCACAAGUAUUAUUCCAACGGUUUUACUACGUCGCGUCGAUGAUGGCCUUUAGUAUUCGGGACGUAGGGAUGGGCGCAUUAUUUCUCGCAGCCAAAGUCCAAGAAUCUCCCCGUAAAAUACGUGAUCUGAUAAACGUAUAUCACUGGUUGAUAUCAAAAUAUCAAAACACGGUUUAUGAACCGAUGGAAUAUUUUGGAACGGAAUUCUAUGCAAUGAAGAAUGCGUUAGUGAUCGCAGAGAUGCAGAUUCUCAAGCGGCUCGGAUUCAACGUUCACGUACAGCUGCCAUAUGGCUUAAUGGUAAAUUAUCUGAAGGUGCUCGAGCUCACAGAACACGAAAAGAUACCACAACUAGCGUGGGGUUAUCUAAAUGAUUCUCUACGUACAAGCAUAUAUGUAUGUUAUCAACCUCCGACCAUCGCGUGCGCGGUAAUAUAUCUCGCAGCACGUAUUUGCGGUGUGAAAUUACCAACCCAACCUCCUUGGUGGGAGUUGUUUGAAGCAGAAUUGGAAGAUAUCCUUUAA